AGGGUUUUUUUUACCUCCCCUACCGCCUCAGAUUUCCUCCUCCUUCAUUCUGCUGCUCCCACCCAUCUCUGCUCCACCACAUUUCAACUCAGCUUGAAAAACCCAAGAGACCAUUUAUUUGGGGUACAGAAAAAAAGAGCCUGCAUGCUGAGGGGAUACCAAAGGCAACCAACUGCAGCUAUGGGCAGAAAGCAACGAGCUUCCUCUGGACUCCACAAUCACUGUGAGAAGUGUUUCAACCGGCACUGCCAAGCUCCAGUCGAGCCCACAGUCUCUUGUGUGGUGAUCAGUUGCCGGUCUCACUGCGGUGCUGUUUUCCAUAUGUGUAAAGAGAAUGAGCACCAACUCCUGUGUCCGCUAGAGCAAGUCUCAUGCCUCAACUCUGUUUAUGGCUGCCCUUUCACCAUGGCCCGUUUCAAAGUGGCCAAACACCUCAGAGUCUGCCCCGCCAGUAUCGUUUCCUGUUCAAUGGAUUGGAAUCGUUGGCCAAACGUGGAUUCUGAGGCCGUUCUGCACCAGAACAUUAUGAAAGAGGAGCCCGGCGAAACAUGUUUAGAUGCGGCCCUUGCCUUGAGAGAUCAGAAAGCUCUUUUUAAGACACUCAGAAUGGCUGAGUUUUUCCCAGAAUGCAUGGAGGCCUGUCCUGUAGAUGAAGAAGGGACUGAUGAUGCUGAGUACUACCUAGGAGAAGGAGCUGGUCAGUCUGAAGCAAUUAAGGCUGAGGCAGCUGGGCUCAGCCAGGAAGAGCGUGAGAACAUUGCCAAGGACAAAGAAGGGGUCGAUUUAGUUGGUUACAAAACCUGGGAAAACAUCUUCAGUAAAGAAUUCAAAGCGUGCACAGUAACAGGCCAACUGGCCAAAAACGAGGGAAGUGGAACGGAGAGCAAGCCUCUGAAAACAGGACCAACUUCUGGUGGCAAUGAGAAAGGAAAGCCACCAGAAGAAGGUAGCAGUGUGGGAGACAGUGAAAAAAACCAAGCCUCUCCUGAAGUGAAUUUAGCAGCUGAAAAGACGGGUUUUGCUCCUUGGCAAGAUGGAGUUUUGGAGAGGCUAAAAAAAGAGGUUCCUAUAGGGGAUUAUAAUAUGUAUCUGGUGCACCAUGGAAAGAUGCUAAUUCAUUUUGGUCAGAUGGCUGCUUGCACUCCCAGAGAGAAAGACUUUGUAUAUGGAAACCUGGAAGUUCAAGAAGUGAAGACUGUAACCACCUUCAGAGUGCCAGUCAGCUAUUGUGGCAAAAGAGCACGCCUUGGGGACGCCGUGGCGCAUAGAAAGCCAACUAAGAGCGUAUCUGUGGAUACUUCAGAGUUAGGAGUAAGUCUGGAGGCUCUUCCUAAAUCCGAUGCAAUCAAAACUACACUGCUGUGUGCCUUGGAGAAGGAACUGAAAGGGCACGAGAUCUCUGAAUCAAAGAGCGUCGAUGCUCUCUUCAUAGAUUUUGGGACGCAAACGUACAACUUCGCUACGGAGCCUUUCGCUUCCACGGCCGUUCUAGCAGACACACUAGAUGCUGAAGACCCGCCGAGUCUCCACCUGCAGCUCAGCAGUGAGAGUGUAACCCAAAGGCACAACAAAAGCAACUCUGCUUUCACGUUCUCUUGCAGCCACGUUUUCAGGAGAGACGAGUUUCCUUCGCAUUUCAAGAAUGUUCAUGCCGACAUCCAGUCCUGCCUGAAUGGAUGGUUCCAGCGUCGUUGCCCACUUGCCUACCUGGGAUGCACUUUUGUUCAAUACCCCUGGCGCCCGGCUGGGCAAAGCUCAAAUGUCAUCUACAGCCAGCACCUCAAGACAUUUGCCCUUAAGCCAGAGGUUGACCCCGUGCUCUCGGAAGCAAAGAAAUUUAACUUGAGCAGAAAUCGCAGGGGGAAAGAAAUGGAUGUUCUGAGCAGCCUUCCCCUGGAGAUCCUGAAGUACAUCGCUGAGUUUUUGGAUAGCUACAGCUUGUCUCAGUUGGCUCAGGUGUCGGUGCAGAUGAGGGACAUCUGUGCUACUCUCCUGCAGGAGAGAGGAAUGGUCCUUCUGUUGUGGGAAAAGAAGAGAUAUUCUCACGGGGGAACUUCUUGGAGAGUCCGCAAAAAGAUCUGGAAAUUUAGCAGCCUGUUCUCCACAGUUAAUAGCUGGCAAUUCAGUGACAUCCCUUCAAUGGCUGCACAUUUAAAGACCUGCCCUUUUUAUGAGGUGGAGAGCAAGGAGGACCCUGUUUUGCUGCCUAGCCUGUUUUCACCUGAAGAACAGAUGCAAGACACUUUGGUCUCCACAGUCAGACACCGCCUAAAGAAACUUCAGAGAAGACUGAAUUGAUUUUGAGAGAGAGGUUCUUUUGGAUCUGGAAGAACUCUAUCAGAACUUUAGCGGGUCUCUCUGAAAUGGAUUUCAUAUUCUUUAUUAGUGUGUCAACAACAACAACAAAAUCUUAGCUGUAUGCUUUCAGGAUAGAAUGAAACAGAGGGUGCAAUCCAGAAUCUUUCAAAUAAAUGGGAACUUUACUCCUGACUUCAACAGAGUGGUGAUUUUAAAAAGAACUCAAGAUAUUUUCAUUUCAACCAGCUUUUUAUUCAUUGUUGUGUCUUGCUGAAAUCUUACUGCUUUUUUUAAAGGGUAGAAGAAGGUGGAUUUUAACCUAAUGGUUUUGAAUGCUCCCUUACAAGGGCAAAUGCCUUGAAAGUUGUCUUUAAAAUGUUUUAAUGAAUGAAUGAAAAAUACAAUUGCACCCAAAAUCUUAAGGAUUGUGACCAGCAGCAUGAACAACAUAGUGAUGAAUAAUACCUAUACAUUUUUGUUGCACUGCCUCCCCCACCUUUCAAGGUGAGGUGAAGGAAGAAAAAUCUAGCUAUCCUUUAGUUUAAAACAUAUUGGGAAUGGAACCUUGAAUUAAAAACGGAGAACAAGUAAAAUGAAAAGUUUAUUUGAAGUUUUCACAUUGUCAUUUCUUCAGUCACAUUUAUGGGUUCUGUUCCCUUACAAAGUUUAGAAUCUGAAAAGAUUUUUGGCAGGAGCCCUCAAAAUCUGUGUUCAAAUUAGUUCCUUAAAGGUCCACCACAGCAAGGUACAUAAGGAAUCGUCAGAGCAAGAGCAGCAUGGAAGAGACCUGCAGUGGGGAAGGAAAGUGGGUUGCCUAUGAUUGCACGGAAGA